ACUUCUUCAUUUGCGCAUCCUCGUCCUCAGAGCUUCAGCGACGCCAGGCGUGGCGCCUCCGCUGCAACGCGAGCUUAUUUCACGUUUUGAAGCUUUUAGUGAACACCACCGACCGACUUGCGACCACCGAAGCUGAACUGGUAUCGGUUUUUUGAAGAUGAGUUUAUCAUUAGUGCAAGGAUAUGAAUCCCCAGAAGAGGAAGAUCCCCGUGAUUAUUUUACUGAGAGUGACGAGGAGUACCCCGAUGAUGGGUUUGAAGAAAAGGAAACUCCUUCAGCUAAACCAAGCAAGUUGCAGAAAAUCAAGCCACCACCUCGCACAUCGGACUUGCCAACAGCAUUUGAAAUGUUCACGGAGGUUACUGGGCCUCCCGAUUUUUUGAAGAAUAGCAUGAUUACUCGACCAAAUGGAGAUCUUACAUCAAUGACCCCUACAGAUUUUUCAAUAAGUUAUGUAGCACCUAAAGAACCCAAGCCCCGACAUGUCCCAACUGCAGUGGCCGUUGUAGAAGCAAAGCCGCAAGUUUCCAACGUGGAACAAGACACUGGAAACGCAGGUCUGACUGUGAAAAAACGUGCUCCUGGAGCUGGGCUGCCUCCUGCUGAGGACGCGGCCAACCUUCUUCGGAUGUGUCAAAACUGCGGAGUCCCAAAGACCUUCUCUGCGGCCAAAGAAGGCAUGGUUUGCCCAUUAUGCAAUGAUCGGCCAAAAGUAGCUAGUGCCGAGGAGAAAAAUAAGAGAGGAAAUAAAGUAAAAGAUAAGGAGCAUAGUAAAAGAAUGAAAGGGCAAUCUUCCCAUGCGACAUGGAAGAGUGAGACGGAAAUGCAUUUGCGUCAACAGUUUGACUGAUUUACUUACAGGGUGGAAUUUGUCGCAGUAAUUGUGAUACCAGUGGUGACACCUUUUGGAUGAGUUCUAAUUGCGAUCUCUUGAAGAGAUUCAUCUAGUUGGUUAGGAUUAAGAAACGUCUGAUCUGCAAGGCAGUUCAAGGUACCUUGGAACAGGAUCAGAAUACAGGACACAAGUGUAGAGAAUACAUAUAUUAUCUGCUCAGGUUGAGUAGUAUACAUAUGUGUUUCAACUCUAUGUAUCAUAUUCCUCGUAGUUUUAGGUUCUUGGUUUUUUUUUUUUUUUUCAAUCGUCUAGUGUAAUUUGUCAUCUUUGAAUUUUCUAUCGAUCUGUAGGUAGUAUAUUUGGACGAGUGUAUUUAUUGGCACAUUCCUUAUGAAGCAUCGGCUGAGAGCCUGCUGUAAUCUUGCCACGAGUUUGUGUCCCAAGGGUCUUGCAUGCGAUAAAUUUACUUCCGCUUGAGCAGGAUUUACAUAU